GUGCGGCGCAGCCACCUCAGCCCCCUGCGGCGGCUCCCUCCCGGCCUUUCCUCCUACGAGCAGCAUGAAAGCCUUCAGUCCGGUGAGGUCCGUUAGGAAAAACAGCCUGUCGGACCACAGCUUGGGCAUCUCCCGGAGCAAAACCCCGGUGGACGACCCGAUGAGUCUGCUCUACAACAUGAACGACUGCUACUCCAAGCUCAAGGAACUGGUGCCCAGCAUCCCCCAGAACAAGAAGGUGACCAAGAUGGAAAUCCUGCAGCACGUCAUCGAUUAUAUCUUGGACCUGCAGAUCGCCCUGGACUCGCACCCCACUAUCGUCAGCCUGCACCACCAGAGACCUGGACAGAACCAAACGUCCAGGACGCCGCUGACCACCCUGAACACGGACAUCAGCAUCCUGUCCUUGCAGGCGUCUGAAUUCCCUUCUGAGCUUAUGUCGAAUGACAGCAAAGUACUCUGUGGCUAAAUAAAUGGCAUUUGGGGACUUUUUCCUUUUUUUUUUUUUUUUUUUAUUUUUACUUUCUCUUUUUCUUUUGCACAACAAGAAGUCUACAGGAUCUUUUAAGACUGUUGUUUUGUUCUGCUUUGUUAUCAACCAUUUCACCAGGAGAACAAGUUGAAUGGACCUUUUUAAAAAGAAAACGGAAGGAAAACUAAGAGUGAUCAUCUCCCCCAGGUGUUCUCCGGCCUGGACUGUGAUAACCGUUAUUUAUGAGAGACUUUCAAUGCC